AUGAAUACUUCUUUGUUAAACUUUGCUGGAGGACUUCAACUUUUGGAAGGACUGGAAGUAACGGUUGUUGUUCCAGUUGUUUUAGCCGGGAUUUGUUUGAUUGGGCUUGUUGGAAACCUUCUGGUGUCAGUGGUUCUGAUUAACAAUUUCAGGCAAGGAAAGUGCUCAGUGGUGAAUGCGUUAGCCAUCAAUCUCGGCGCCGCCGACCUUUUGGUUAUACUGUUCUGUAUCCCAUUCCGUGCCAUCACCUACUCGAAGCAAUCCUGGGUGUUGGGCAGCUUUGUCUGCAGAACAACAGACUGGUUUCUUCACAGCUGCCUGCUUGCCAAGAGUUUCACUCUGGCAGCCAUGGGACAAGCGAGAUAUAACUACGUGCUGAAUCCACCAAAGUACUUUCAUGUGCAACCAAAGCGUAUCGCUGGGCUAGUGUUCAUAAUCUGGACUAUGUCUGUGGUGCUACCCGUUCCUCACAUUGUAUUUACUAGUUUGCGCCAGGGACACAGUGGCGCUCUGUGCAUCUUUCAGGUACCCUUUUACGCAUCCAACUUUAUGAAUGUGUUCAGCAAAAUUUACCCAGCCUUGGCGUAUGUCAUUCCUUUUGUUUUUACUGCUGUGUGCUACGCGAAGACAUUGCUAAGAGCGAAGCUCAAACGCAACAGGACUCCAAACCCUCGACCGCACGGCAAAAGAGUCACUCUGAUGCUAAGUUGUCUCAGCUGCGUGUACGCGCUUCUCUGGCUUCCCGAGUGGGUAGCGUGGAUCUGGGAAAGACACAGUUACAAGGAACAACAGAAACCCCCUACCGCCCUCAUGAUCCUGUCUCAAGUGCUGGUAUUCGUCAGCUGCACCGUGAAUCCCAUGAUACUGCUCUCCAUGUCUGAUGAAAUCCGGGACGGGUUGGCGAGCGCCUGGUCUCUCGUCACCUGUAGAGGUACAAGGGAUUCCGGGGAAACCCGUAGUUCCAAGACAGGGGAGAACGGAGCCGAAAUGGGAAGCAGCGUGAUCCACUCCCUCCAGGACGCACAGACACAAGACAAGACCGAGAUCGCCAAAGACAAAGCCGGGAUUGUCCUGCCUGACGUUGAGCACUUUUGGCAAGACAGGCGUAAUACGACUGCUGUGGAGGACAACGACCCCAUCCCCUGGGAACAUCAGUAG